CACCGAACCGGACCCGAAGCAUCGACGACGACAAGCCACGGGACCCAAUUGACCCAUCAAUUGACGGCCUCAGCCUCCGACGAGCCCAGAAUCCCCAAAUAGAAAGCGCAUCCAGCCGCGGGACACCGGUAUCAUCAGUCGCAAUGUCGUCAAAGGCAGGAGUCAACGUUCUCCGGUAUUCCGUCCUCGGCCUGGGCGUCGUGUACGGUUUCUACCACCAGCGGAGCAUCAACGCGGCGCAGAAGGCGGCCGCGGCGCAACGCGAGUAUGAGCACCAGCAGGAGCUGAUCAACAAGGCCAAGGAGGCCUACGCCAAGACGAAGCAAACCUCCUCCUCCCCGAACCCGGCGCAAUCGUCAGGCCUGAACCAAGACCUCAACUCGCCCAACUUUGACCUCGAAGCCUUCAUCGAGGGCCUGCUGAAGCAAAAAUAACCGGAGGCGCAGUAUAAAGGCUGGUGGGGGGAGAGCCAACGAACUGAGGCCAAAUGAGGGGAGGGGAACGGGCGGGACCCAACUCGACACACAGCGCCGGAGGAACGAAGUGCUGGAGUGGGCCAACGAACGUAAGCCCGGGGAAUGAUAGAAUAGGGGGCGAGCGGUUGAGGUGAACAUGCGCUGGCGUCGGCAAACAGGGCGGUCGGUCGGUCACACUCGAGGGACGCGAGAGGCGGCCACGCAACCGGAGCAGGCAUGGUGUAUUACUUGCGUACACUUGGCAACCACGGCAUAGAGAUUUCCUUUUUUUUUUCCCCAUCUAGGCUCAUGUCAAGGCUGUACAUGUG